AUGCAUCCUACGUUAUCAACGUUGACGAGCAUCUGUGAAGAUGCUGCAAAUUCAGUCAACAUUUCACAACAUGAUUUAAAACCAUUUAAUCAACUGUUACUGACUGACGACUAUUUAAAUAAGAUUUCAGUGAAUAACGAUGAGCAUUCAAAUAAUUCAGCAUUAUUCUGUCCAUCAGCAAAUAUCAAACAAUUAUUUCGUUUAUCACAUUUGAGCGCCUCACACCCAUCUCGAGCAUCACUUUGGUUUAAUCUUAUUCGUCAAGACAAAUCACGGCAUUCACAUAAAUUUCAACAAGCUAUUGACCGUUACCCAGACGAUAUACGAAAUAUGUUUGGUCGUCGAAAUGAUAUAGCUGUUCGUCUUCCUUCAUGUGUUGAUGCCAAUCAUUUGCCUCAUUAUAAUCUAAAUCGGCGAGGUCAACAUGCUAUAACUCGAAUCUUAAGUGUAUUCACAUAUUAUCAUCCUGAUAUAACCUGGGCACCAUUACUUGCACCAAUGACAGCUUUAUUUUUACAUUACAUGACAGAAAUCGAUGCAUACGAAUCAUUAUUAAUUCUCACCAGUGGGGAUUAUAAAAUAAUAACUCAAACAGAAAUCCAGUAUCAAUCGUUAUCAUUAGCAUUUCGUACAUUGUUACGCCGACAUUGCCGUUCAAUAUACGAAUUUUUUGCUAAACAACCACAACAAGCAUCCAUAUUUGAUGGAUGGCUUUGGCUUGUAUUCGAACAUUUACCAUUUGCAUAUCUUGUACCAAUAAUUGAUUGUCUUUUAAUUGAAGAUAUGAAGGUACUUAUACGUAUCAGUAUGACACUUCUUCAUUUUUUUAUUAAAUAUGCUUCAAAUCCACAAACAGUACCAGCAAAACCUCGACGACGUGAUUCGUUAUUUCGCCUAUCAAGAUCUACUCGCGCAGCAGUACAAUAUGACCAUCAAGUAUCAUUGUCGUCUUCAUCGAAUAAAGAUGUUUAUGAAAAUUUAAUUCAUUAUAUUCAACAUUUUGAUUUACCUAUGGACAAACUUUUUAAACAUGCUUUUGGUAUUUCACAUUUACAACGAAAAGAAAUCUUUCGAGCUAUUGAGAUUGAAGAAGAAAAGAUCAAAUUGGAACGUCGUCGUGUAAUGCCACUUCUACGUCGUUCAUCGUCUGCUGGUGAUCAACAUACAUUAAAUCCUAUUCCAAUUCCAAAAUCUGCUAUCAGUCGUCCCAUUCAUCAUCAAAAUUCAAUGCCAAUAAUCAUGAUCCGUGAAUUCGAUUCAACAACAGCAAGUCAUUCAGAUUUUGCUUAUCUUUGGUCACUGAUUCCAAGUCGUCUUACUGAAUUUCAACCUGAACGUAUUUAUUCGUCAAAUAUUCACGGCCGUCGUUUACAAACCUUAUAUGAUCAUGUCGAAUUUCAUGAAUAUUGUCUUAUUAUUAUACGAAAUGAACAUCAACAAAUUUUUGGAGCUUUUUGCUCAGGCCAAUUAGCUAAUCGUACAAAAGCACGAACAUGGUUUGGCACGGGUGAAUCAUUUUUAUUUUCAUUAAAACCCGAACGACAAGUUUAUAAAUGGGUUGGCUAUCAAACAUCGACGAGAGGCAGUACAAAAGCAUUUGAAGAUUAUUUUAUACAUGCCGACAACGAUCGUUUACUAAUGGGCGGUAGCGAAGAUCCGCUCAAUAUUGGUUUAGCUAUUCAAAAAGAUUUAAAUGAAGGAAGUACAAGACAAUGUGAUACAUAUGGUAAUAAAGCAUUAUCCAGCAGCGAGCAUUUUCAAAUAAUGGAAAUCGAAGUAUUCGGAUUUACAAGAUAA